AUGAACCUCAAACUUUACCGUCAUCCUCUCCUACGGAACCAUUUCACUUUGACACAGCGGCGCUAUAAUUCGUCAGCUAUCCAUGAACUUACUGCGAAACAUUCAAUCUACAUCUCCAAGUCAACCAAUCCUUAUUUCAAUCUUACGCUAGAGGACUGGUUAUUUAGAAACAAGAGCCAUGAGAGGCCCCUGUUGCUUCUAUACCGUGAUGAACCGUGCGUCGUCAUAGGGCGUAACCAAAACCCAUGGAAGGAGGUGAAUUUGCAACUUGCUGCACUGCGGCGUGUCCCGUUUAUUCGAAGGCGCAGUGGUGGUGGUACUGUCUAUCACGACCUUGGGAACACGAACUACUCGGUGCAUCUCCCGCGCACCUCGUUCAACCGAAAUGAGACGGCGCAGCUAGUCGUGCGCGCUGUGCGUUCCCUAGGUGUCAACGCGGAUGUGAAUGAUAGAAACGAUGUCUGUGCUGAAGGUUUUAAGAUCAGUGCACUAACUAACUAUUUUACAUCAACACAUGUUUUUUCUUCUUGUACUAACAAUGUUCGUUUUAUACACAUUUCAGGAUCAGCGUACAAGAUCGCAAGUAAUCGAGCAUAUCACCACGGCACAAUGCUCAUUUCCACUCAACUCAAUACACUUGGAGACUUGUUACAUACUACAAAGGAAACGAUGAUUACCAAAGGCGUUGCUUCCGUCCGUUCACCUGUGCAGAACCUCCAGCGUUUCGAUCCUUCCAUCACGCAUGAGGGAUUCGUCAACGCUGCCGUGCGAUCGUUUCAGGAGGCUUACGGAAUAGAUGAAGAGCCGCAGUUCGUCGGUGACGACGAGAAUAUUGUGAACAUCCCGGCAAUAUGUAAAGGAAUGGAAGAGCUAAAGAGUUGGGAUUGGUUAUACGGCCAAACGCCCGAAUUCACAUACACUGUAUCAAGGCUCUUUGACUUCGGAGAAGCCCACGCAGAGAUCACAUCGAAACACGGGUUGAUCCUCUCUUGCAAAAUAUCAUGCCCGAGGGGCAUUCCUCCUGAAACAUGCGACGAAAUCAACAAAAGGUUGAUAAACAUGCGCUAUGGUUUCAUCACUCAGUUUAAUAAUGAUGAGAGUGAUGAUGACGCAUGCUGGGCAGAGGAGAAGAAUACAAAUGUUUCCUUGUUGCGCAUACGAGAGAUAUGGAAUUGGAUCAGGGAAGAAACGAGUUGCUAACUGGAUUAACUGCCACUUCCGUGAUCCG